AUGUCGGAGCGGCGGGCGCGGGGGCCGCUGCAGCGAGUGCAGCGCCGGAGCCGGGAGCUGCGGGCACAGGUGGAGGCGCUGCGGGCGGAGAGCGAGGCCGCAGCCCCCGGGCAGCGGGAGCGCCUUCGGCUGAGAUGUACAGAGCUGAAGGAAUUGGUGGAGGAGAAUACAAAGGCUCUCCAUGCUUUGAAAAAAGCUGAUGAGCCUGCGCCGGUGGGGAAUUACAGCCAGAGGAAGGAAGAGGAAGAAAAGCUGUUGCUGAGACUCUCCCAGCAGCUGCAGAAACUCCUUCUUGUCUUGGAUCAGGAUAAUGUGACAAGAAAUUAUCCAGGGGGUGAGGAACACCAGAAAGGCCCUCAUGCAGAAGAGGGAAAUGAAGAAGAGGAGGAGAGUGAAGAUGAAGAAAGUGAGGAGGAAGACACUGAAGAAGAAGAAGAAGAUGAGGAGAAGUUGUUGGAUGAUCCAAAUGUUAGAGAAUGUGUUGCUGUUGGGAACUUUGAUGCCCAGCAGGAAGGGGAUCUCACAUUUGUGAAAGGUGAAAUCCUGCUCAUACAUGACAAGAAGGAGGAUGGAUGGUGGGUAGCUGAAAAUUCCAAGGGGGAGAGAGGCCUCGUUCCCAGGACCUACCUUGCGGUUCCUAAGGAAGAGGAAGAAAGCCAGGAGGAGUCAGAAGAACACAUAGAAGUGGUGGAUGAAACAGCAGAUGGAGCUGAAAUUAAAAAAAGAACAGAUUCCCACUGGAGUGCUGUCCGAGCCAUUGUAGAGAAUGACACAGUGGAGGUGCUGACCACCACAGGGGCAGUUCCUGCAGGGUUUCGCCCAUCCAUGCUGUUCCAGCUCCUGGAGGAAGGUGAAGAAUUUCGAGCAAGUUACUACUUGCAACCCAAGCUUACUCCAUCCCAGCUGGCUUUCAAAGACUUGGUGUGGAACUCUGAGAGAAAUACUAUCCAUCCUAGAGCCACCAGAGUGUCCCUGAUUGUCACUUUAUGCAGCUGCAAGAUGAUCCCUCCCCCUGGGAGCGGCGUGCGCGUCCUCAGCCGGCACAUCCGGCUCUGCCUCUUCGAUGGCAGCCGGGUGCUGAGUAACAUUCACACAGUGAGAGCCACGUGGCUGCCUAAAAGUCCUCAAACUUGGACCUUUUCUCCAAGGGUGAUGGGCAUCUUACCCAGCUUGCUUGAUGGUGACUGUUUUGUCAGGUCCAGCUCCCUGUCUGCGGACAUUGGGAUCUUGUUUGAGCUUGGCAUCACGUACAAGUGCAAUUCAACAGGUGAAAGAGGAGAGCUAAGCUGUGGCUGGGCCUUUCUGAAGCUUUUCACUUCCAGUGGGAUUCCUAUUCCUUCCAAGAUGCAUGAGCUGGUCCUGAGUGGUGGAACUCCCUAUGAGAGAGGCGUUGAGGUUGACCCAUCAAUAUCGAGGAGAGCAGGCUCUGGGGUUUUUCAGCAGUUUAUGAGCCUCAGGAAGCAGCCUGUGCUUCUGGUGAAGGUGAAGUCACCGAGUGUGCACUCAAAAGACAUCCUGAAUUUUCUCCCUGAAACAUUAGUUGGGGGCAUGUGCUACAUCCAUCUCCUGGUGUUUUAUCGGCAAAUCCUUGGAGAUGCCCUCCUGAAGGACAGGAUGAGCAUGCAGAGCACAGACUUAAUCUGUAAUCCUGUGCUAGCUACUUUCCCUCAACUCCUGGAUCAGCCUGACCUGAUGGAUGCACUUCGGAGUGCCUGGGCAGAGAAAGAAAGAACAUUGAAGAGAAUUGAGAAGAGAGAUCAAGAAUUCCUGAAGGCUGCAUUUGUCCUGGUGUACCACGACUCUGUGUUCCCUCUGCUCUGCUCCACGUCCCUCCCCAGCUACAGAUGGGCUGAGGAGGAGGUGGAAUUGUCUCGCUGGAAGGUGAUCCAUGACUUCCUGAAGAGGAGCCAGGAGAAAGAUGGUGCCCUGGAGUACCUGCUGUCAUCGGAAAACACCCACAGAGCCUUUGACAUCUCAGAGCUGGCCUAUGAUUUCUUAGGAGAAGUGAGGGAAAACAAUCCUGGAGAAUGAAAAAUUCAGGCUCUCUAAGGACAUGGUAAAAAUAAAAUUAAAUUCUUA